CUGUACGUACGCAAAGUGUAGUUAGCCUCCUCCUGUACUAUACAUAUGGCGAUGCUGAAGAAGAACACGAGCGCCCUGUGCUGCUUCGUGGCCGCCCUCAUGGUGGUCAUGGCUGCCACCCUUCUUUUCUCCUCAUGCGACGCCGACAAAAAGAUGGAUAAACCCCGUGCUUUUCCCCUGCCGGCUUCGUGCUACUCCAAAUACUUCCCAAACUGCACCGACGAGAGCUGCAAGAGGUUCUGUGGCAGCGGCAACAUGUCGCCGGUCCCCGAGGCUUUCUGCAAUGACAACAACAACUGUUGUUGUCCCAUUUAGUUAAUUAUAAGCGCCGCUGAAGUGGUCCGGGAAGAAAUGGAGAUGCCAAUAAUAUAAGCAAGAGAUCUAAUAUUUUAAAAUCUUUGUAAACCAGCUUUUUUUGUAGUAACAAUUUUACCAUUGUGUGUCC